UUCGUGCAUGACGACGUGUGGGCGAUCCUGAACAACCCCGACGUGCGGUCUGACACCCCGCUCGGCUGGGGCAUUUUCGCCAACGACUUCUGGGGCAAGGGCAUGGCUGAGAACACCAGCCACAAGUCCUAUCGGCCGCUCUGUGUCCUCACCUUCAAGCUAAACAUACUUUUAACUGGCAUGAACCCAUUCUACUUCCAUGCAGUGAAUAUAAUUUUACACUGCCUGGUGACUCUUGUGCUGAUGUACACCUGUGACAGAGCUGUCUUUAAGAAUCGUGGGCUUGCUUUUGUUACGGCAUUGCUUUUUGCUGUUCAUCCUAUUCACACUGAGGCGGUGGCUGGAAUUGUUGGCAGAGCUGAUGUAUUAGCCUGUCUGCUGUUUCUGUUGACUUUUCUCUCCUACAAUAGGAGUUUGGAUCAGUGUUGUGUUGGGGAAUGUUUCCCUCCCACGGUUUCUCCCUUCUUCUUGCUGCUCAGUUUGGUUCUGGGGACCUGUGCUAUGCUAGUGAAAGAGACAGGCAUCACGGUGUUUGGAGUGUGCUUGGCUUAUGACCUCUUUUCCUUUUCUCACAAGGAAGAUAAAUGGAGCAAUGGGGUUGUUCAUCAGUGCAGCCCUCAGCAGCCUGGGAGCCCCCAGCCCUCCUCACUGCCAGCACACUCUCACCGAGAGAAUGGGAAGCAGCGAUUCCCUCACAAAGGAGCUUGGGGUGCCUGCCACUCCUCACUGCCACUGGAACCCAAGAGCAGUGGAUUCCCAGUGUCUCCUGGAGCCCUUUGGUCCAUGAUGAGGUUCCUUACCUAUUCCUACCUUUUGGCCUUCAAUGUGUGGCUUCUACUCGCACCCGUCACCCUGUGCUACGACUGGCAGGUUGGCAGUAUUCCUCUGGUAGAGACCAUAUGGGACACACGGAACUUAGCCACCAUCUUUCUUGCAGUUGUGAUGGCCUUAUUAAGCCUGCAUUGCUUAGCAGCCUUCAAGAGACUGGAGCACAAGGAAGUUUUGGUGGGCUUGUUAUUCCUGGUUUUCCCGUUCAUUCCAGCCAGCAAUCUCUUCUUCAGGGUGGGUUUUGUGGUGGCCGAGAGAGUCCUUUACAUGCCUAGCAUGGGCUACUGCAUCCUUUUUGUGCAUGGAUUGAGCAAGCUCUGCACUUGGCUAAAUCGAUGUGGGGUCACCACCCUGAUUAUGUCCACUGUGUUGCUGCUGCUGCUUUUCUCUUGGAAAACUGUGAAACAGAAUGAAAUUUGGCUGUCAAGAGAGUCCCUAUUCAGGUCUGGAGUUCAAACUCUGCCCCACAAUGCCAAGGUACACUACAACUAUGCCAAUUUCCUGAAGGAUCAAGGUCGGAACAGGGAAGCCAUCUACCACUACAGAACGGCACUCAAGUUGUAUCCACGCCAUGCAAGUGCCCUGAACAACCUUGGAACACUGACCAAAGACACUGCAGAGGCAAAGAUGUACUAUCAAAGGGCUCUCCAGCUAAAUCCACAGCAUAACCGGGCUCUUUUCAAUCUCGGAAAUCUCCUUAAGUCCCAGGAUAAAAAAGAAGAAGCCAUCCUCUUACUGAGGGAUUCCAUUAAGUAUGGUCCAGAGUUUGCAGAUGCAUAUUCAAGCCUAGCUUCAUUAUUGGCGGAGCAGGAAAGAUAUAAGGAAGCUGAGGAAAUUUAUCAGGCUGGAAUAAAGAACUGUCCAGACAGCUCAGAUUUACACAACAACUAUGGAGUUUUUUUAGUUGAUACUGGCUCUCCAGAAAAGGCUGUGGCUCAUUACCAACAGGCCAUCAAACUUAGCCCAAGUCAUCAUGUAGCCAUGGUUAACCUGGGAAGACUCUAUAGAUCAUUGGGAGAGAACAGUGUGGCUGAAGAAUGGUACAAGCGUGCACUACAGGUGGCACGCAAAGCUGAGAUUUUGUCACCUUUGGGAGCAUUAUAUUAUAACACUGGCCGUUAUGAAGAGGCUUUGCAGAUUUACCGGGAAGCUGCAGCACUUCAGCCUUCUCAAACGGAACUCCGCUUGGCACUAGCUCAGGUUUUGGCUGUGAUGGGUCAGACAAAAGAAGCUGAAAAAAUGACCAAUCACAUUGUGUCAGAGGAGACUGGAUGCCUUGAAUGCUAUCGCCUUUUGUCAGCGAUCUACAGCAAGCAAGAACACCACCACAAGGCACUUGAUGCUAUAGACAAGGCUCUCCAACUGAAACCAAAGGACCCUAAAGUCAUAUCUGAACUUUUCUUCACAAAAGGAAACCAACUGAGAGAACAGAACCUUCUUGACAAAGCUUUUGAGAGCUAUAAAGCAGCUGUGGAGCUAAAUCCAGAUCAAGCACAGGCCUGGAUGAACAUGGGAGGAAUCCAACACAUAAAAGGAAACUAUGUGUCUGCAAGAGCUUAUUAUGAGAAAGCCUUGCAGCUGGUUCCAGAGAGCAAACUGCUGAAGGAAAAUCUAGCUAAAUUGGAUCGUCUAGAAAAACGAUUACAAGAAGUUCGAGAAAGGGAUCAAACAUAA